CUGGGCUAAACGCAUCGGUGCUUCCCAUCCGAGGCAGCCCUUAAGGGGCGUUUCACGAAUACUGGGGCAGAAGGCAGCUGUGGACCUUAGACCCAGGAUGUAAUUGUCUCGGUCUUUAGCACUUUGUGGUCUUCAGAGCACUGGGGACACACACACACACACAUACACAUGCACGUGUUUGAUUGCCUGCUUAGUGUGUCUGAUUCCGUGACUCCUGUGCCCUAAACAGCUGCAAAAGGGGGUCUGUUCUUUUGGCCCCCACAUCUUGCCCUCUGGGGCCAGGAAGGCCUUCCACCCCUGUGCUUCCCCUGUGCUUCAGGUGGAAAGAAUUUUGAGUCAACUUCCCUGCCGUUCCAUCAUCCCCAGCCUGCAAGAGCAGAGCCUUGGACGGGCGCGGAGUGAGCAGAGGUGUCUUCCCAGGCAGCGGAGGUGCCCUCCACGUCCUGCUAGCUGGGAGGGCCUCCCUCCUCUCCCAGGGAAGAAAAGGCUGAGCCAGCCUGCCCACUGCUUCCCCCCACACACUCCCCGUUUUAUUUGCUCACUCUGGGCUCAAGGUCCUUCCUGUGCCGUCCCUCGGAGGCCUUGGAGAGGAGCCUGGGUGCAGCACGGGCCACAAUGCUCUCCUGGCUGUUGAGUUUCUUCCCGCUGGCCUGGACCUCCAGCCUUGUGGACUCCCUCCUGCAGGGGCUGGUGGGGGCCUGUGCCGUCUGCAUCUUGGGCAGCUUGAUGAGGAUUUACCUCUACAUCCGGUGCCUGAAUGACCCCGACAGGCAGAAGGAGAAGGAGGCUCUCCGGCACCACCAGCCCUUCCUCGACCGGCUCCAUCUCGUGGUGCUGACGGCCAUCUUCACCCUGGUGGGGCACCGGGUGGCCGCCCUGAUCGUCCUGGAGUUCUCCCUCCGGGCGGUGUCCACCAUCCUCUCUCUCAACAAGGGGGCCCUCAGCAGCCAGCUCUACCUGCUCUGCCAAUACUCGCUGGGCUGCGGCGUCUCCUGCAGCCUGGGCUACCUGCAGGAAGGAGCGCCUCGUCGCACCUGGAACCUCCUCCUGGCCGUGGGGCUGGCCCUGCUCCUGACCCACUACGUCUGGCGCCUGGCCUGGCACGUCUCCACCAUGUACGAGCUGCACUGCAAGGAGCGCUACUGCGGAGGCUGCCUCUUCCUCCUCACCACGUGGCACGGGAUCCCCCGGAUGCUCUGCCACGCCCUCCGGGUGACCUUUGGGGUGGCCGACUUGGCAGCCGUGGCUCUGAUCAACCGGGAUUUCCUCUCGACCUCGGAGGCCAUCCGCUUCUGGACGCCGCUGACCAUCUGCUACACGCUUCUGGUCAUCUACAUGCAGGAGGAGCAGCACCAGAACCCCACCCAGUCGAUGGCUUUCCAGACCGUCUUUGUCAGGAUGGGGGGCCUCCUGGUCCUGCUGAUGACGGUGGGCCAGUGGAGGGACAUCGUGAACAUCCUCAUCUCGCUGGCGGGGGAGAUCUGGUGCCUGACCCAGACCAGAUCCAUGCUGGAGGUGUGCAGGGAGCAGGAUGAGCAUCCCCCUCUCGUGGCAUCUGCAUCUGGUCCACCUCGCGGUCAGCGCCAAGAGCCCUCAAGAUCUCUGGCGGCGGCAGCAGCAGCGACAGAGGUCACGUCCUGAAAAAAAAGAGAAGCCUCACAACAAGGGCCCAGCCUAGAGACUGUAGGCCACAAGCCCAGCUCCUUCUGGGCGGUCCAGCUUUGGGGCCAAAGGGUUGGUGGGUUCCCUCUCGGUGCCGUGGCAGCGCUACCCCCUUCAGCAAUUCCCUCUCCGGUCUGCCUUUCCGGGAUGGCAGAGAGGCCAAAGCGGGCUGGGUUAGGUUGGCUUUGGUUGAUCAGUGGCAAGGGGAGUUAAUUCGGGCCAAGGGGAGGUGCCGGAGACCUGGGGGACGAAUGGAGGAAUCGCUCCCAUUCUGGGUGCCAGGGUUCCCGGCUAAAGGGAGCUGAGCCUGGGCUGACCCAGGAGAGUCUGUGGGUCAGAUGGGCCCCCUGUCCCCCCCCCGCCCCGUGGCGAAGGCUGCCACCUGCUUUGUGCAUCGCGGGCUUGAUUCCAGCACCGUAUUCCCCCCACCCUCCACCCACAGGAAGUGGCAGGUGGGUCUUCAUCCCUUGCCCGUUUCACUCUCUGUUCUCCCGGCUAAGGCUUUAAGGCAGUGGUUCUCAACCUGUGGGUCGGGACCCCAUUUGGGGUCGAACGACCAUUUCACGGGGGUCACCAAACAAGGCUGUCCACCAUUUUUUCCCCCUUUUCUUUGGCCGCGCCCCUGGGACCCGGUGAUGUAUAAAUGGUUGGGGGUCACCACAACAUGAGGAACUGUAUUAUGGGGUCACCGCAUUAGAAAGGUUGAGAACCACUGUUUUAAAGUUCCCCCCCCGUGGGGGGAAAGUGAUGAAGGCGGUUUUAUUUCAGACAGUGGUGAGCAAGGCUUUGCUCAAACUGAAAUGCGAAGGCCGGUUAAUUUUCUCUGGUCUCGUUAGACAGGAAAAGAAUCUCUGCCUUUUAGCGGCCUUGUGUUCCAGCAGGAUGCAGCGGCGGUUGAGCCUGCAAAUGUAGGAAGUAAAAUAAAAAGGACGGCGAGAGAAAUCGGA